CAUCACGUUUUAUUUUGAAAGGUGUGAGUGGAAGUUGUAUGUUAGUGCCGGCGCUGACUUGACGCUGAUGAAUCAACGUGUUUGGGUACAUCGCGUUGCACUGUUGUUUUGCGUGCUGUGUGGACCCAGCUAUCUCCAUCCACUCUCCAGCAGCAGCACCGGCGGCAGCGGCAGCGUCCCAUUAGCAGCCCAGAAAACUGCAUCAUCUGGCGGGAACCACGCUGACGAAGCACCCGCCUGGCUGAGCUAGCCCGUCCGGCGCAUGGACGGUCCAGCACGAUGGCAGAGGUUUUGGGGGUGCCUCUGUUGUAUACCAACAACAGGUCGCAUGGAUGAUUCCUCCCCAACCCUCCCGUGUCUUCUCGUGUUUUUUUGGGGGGGUGAUGAUGAUUAGAGCGCCGCUGACGGCUUGAUGUGGAAGAGAGAGCCGUGCGUGAGCGCGGCAUCUCGGCUUCUCGUCCUGGCUGUCGACUGACUGAGAGCAAAAACGGCGUGGAGCAGGUGUAGCGUGGCUGGGGGGCUCAGCAGGAUGGAAAUAGAUGCCCGUUUUCGCUACUAUUUCCAGCACCCCUGGUCGCGUCUCAUCGUGGCCUACCUCGUCACCUUCUUCAACUUCCUCAUCUUCGCGGAGGACCCUGUCUCUCACAGUCAGACAGAGGCCCAUAUGAUUGUGGUGGGCAACUGCUUCUCCUUCCUCUUCAACAAGUACCCUGGCCUCGGAUGGAACAUCCUGAAAGUAGUGUGCUGGACACUUGCCAUAAUCAUUGGCCUGUUAGCCGGGAAGUUUAUAUUCCACCGCCAGCUCUUUGGUCGAUACCUGCGCCUGAAAAUGUUCCGCGAGGAUCACGGCUCCUGGAUGACCAUGUUCUUCAGCAUCAUCCUCUUCCUCUUCAUCUUCUCACACAUCUACAACCUUAUCCUGCUGGUGGCUGGGAGCAUGAAGCCUCACAUGGUGACAGAGUACAUGGGCAUCAGGAAUGAGAGCUUUAUGAAGAUUGCUGCGGUGGGGACGUGGAUGGGAGACUUUGUCACUGCUUGGAUGGUGACAGACAUGAUGCUCCAGGAUCAACACUACCCAGACUGGGGAAAAGCUGCAAGAAAGUUCUGGAAACGAGGCAACAACAGGAUUGUUCUCUUCUGGACAGUGCUCAUCUCUCUGACGUCGGUGGUGGUUCUUGUCAUCAGUACCGACUGGAUCAGCUGGGACAACCUAAACCGAGGCUUGCCGAGCGACGAGGUCUCCAGAGCCUUCCUGGCCUCCUUCAUUUUGGUCUUCGACCUUCUCAUUGUCAUGCAGGACUGGGAGUUCCCUCACUUCAUGGGUGACCUGGAUAUGAAUCUACCAGGAAUGUCGACAACCCACGUGAAGGUCAAGCUUCCUGUCUGCAAGAGUAUCUUUAAAGAGGAGUACCACAUUCACAUCACAGGUAAGUGGUUCAACUACGGCAUCAUCUUUCUCGUGCUGAUUUUGGACCUCAACAUGUGGAAGAACCAGAUCUUCUACAAGCCCUACGAGUACGGUCAGUACGUCGGUCCCGGUGAGAAGAUCUACACAGUGGAGGAGCCAGAAACACUGGUAAACUUCAACCACAGCACGCUCACCUACGAGUGGCGCUCCACCAACAUCAAUCCCAGCACCAAUCUAACCUACGUGGAACGCGACAUGUUCCUCCACAGCCGCUACACCGGAACCAGUCUGGACGUCAAGUGCCUGGCUUUCAUCCCGAGCCUGGCGGCGUUCGUCCUCUUCGGGUUCUUCAUCUGGUUAUUCGGCCGAUUUCAGGACAGCGAGACCUUUACAGAAAACCAGGACAAGACGUAUGAGAGGAUAAAGAGGAAGUCACCGUCGGAGUACAGCAAGGAGAUGGGCGUGACGCCGGAGGAGGCGCAUGUGACUAUGAGUGAUAGUCUGAGGCGAUCCGGAACACCCAUGCUGCUUUCAGUGGACGGGCCACACUUUGGAACGACGCCCUCGACGAACUCGACGAUUUCCAUGGAAACCCAAGAGACACAUCCGAGCAUUGUGAUUGACAGUGUAGAGCAGGAGGAACCAGCAGUCUCUUUCGAUGUCCACAAGCUCUCUCCGUGACCUUAUGAACGUCUCUGAAUCACAUGACUGUGGACAAAGUAGUACUUUAAUUGAUGCUUUUCUUCGGUUAUGACCAAGCUGCAACAGACGUUGAACACAACUGUUCGUGAGGUUCAGGAAAAAGGACAAAGUGAUGUCACGUGAUCACCAGUCCUGAUGGUUAUUGCAGUCGUUUGAGUAUAU